AUGCAGCCGACGUUCAGGGACCUGUCCAUGAACAUCACGGGGUCCUUGGCCAAGCAGCAGCAGAAGCUCGUCGCGCUGGCAACGGACAGCGACAAGGAGCUCUUCGGCUUAGUCCCGCAGCGGUGGAUGGAGUUCACGGCCUACGUGCGCAAGAUGAUCGUGGACCACAGCUUGGGCGCCAGCGAGAACCGGUUGAGGCUCAUCUCGUUCGGCGUCUUCAACUGCGCGGACAGCGUGGCGAAGUUCUGGAGAGCUCGCGCCCUGUACUUCAGGGAGGCGGUGGCGUGUCUCGUCGGCGGGCCCGAACGGAUGACCUCCACGGACUACUCGCACGUGACCCUCUGGCUCUACAGCGCCCAGGCGGAGGUCGCCGAGGUCCUCGAGUGCGGCGGCCCAGCUGCGGCUGUCUACGCGAAGCGCAUGUCGCAGAUCAUCCUGGCCGGCGUGGUGGACGGGCUUAGCCUCGAUGCUCCGGCCAUGUCCUCGAAGCUGAAGUCCGCGAUGCAGGCGCUGGAGCAGCAGCGGGCCGAUGCUGCCGAGAUGCUUCAGCUGAUGGCUGCGCACUGCCCCAGGGAGGACUCGUUUCUCAAGCCGCUGCCCGAGAUUCGCGCGAUGUGGAACGCUAUGGCGGCCGAGCCGGGCGACGAGGCGACGGGUGGAGCUGCGGUGGGAGUGGCGUCGACCAGCGAGGAGGAGACGGUGCCAGCGAUGGCCAUGCACUCCUUGGCGCUCCACCUCGAGCAGAAGCUAUACGACUGGGCGUUCCAGGGGGAGCACGCGUCGACCCUCGCCCCGGACGCGCACGCCGACACCUUGAUGGGGGACGCUUUCGACCCUGCGGCUGCCAUCUACUGGACGAAGACGGAGUUAUGCGUGGCGCCGGAGAAGGACCUGGUGUUCAACAUGAUUGGGGAGGUCUUUAUGCUGUAG